GUAGCCUCGAUCCCAGGCCGAGUUUUCGCUUUUAUAACGGUUAGGCGAACAACUGGGCCUGGUACUAGUUGUCUGCGCAUGCGUCAGUCGUUCGUCAGAUUCUGACGAAUGGAUAUUCUCGUUCACUUUUGUGACAUUUAUAUUCGUGUACUAUCGUGUACUAGAAGUCAGUUCCCGUUUUAUCAUUAUUUGGAAUGGCUCUUAGCUGAAGCUUCUCUCUUCUCUGAAGCUUAUUCUGAAGACUGAACAACAAGGAAAGAGGUAUAAAGCUUUGUCAAGCUUGUUAAGGUCAGAUAUUUUUGUGUGGGCCCUAUGGCUAUGCUAUCAAGUCUUGUUCAUGUUUGGCAAGAUCUACCGGUACGUAGGUAGACUAUAGUUUCAUCAUUAAUAUGGUGGAUCAAGUGAAGAGUGUGAGCUAGAGAACUUGGUGCUGCCAUCAUCAGCUCGUUGACAAUGACACUAUAACCGAGAAAUUUAAUAUGUAUAGAUCUACACGUAUUUAAAAUGUCUACUUCUCUGUACAGGAUCUAGGAGCAAUGGCUAAUAUCCAGCUAUCCCAACAGUGCUCCUCUUGGCUAUAGUAACGGACGAGACUGGACAGUUUGAGGACUGGAGUAUGACCUGCUCAUUCGAGCGUUGCUGGGUAGCUCAGAGACAUCAAGAGAAUCUACGUUUUCUCAAGCAAAAUUUAACUGAGUUACGAGUUGGGGCCUAGAAUCACAGAAGUCCAGCAGCCUGCUAAAUCUUUUUGAAACGUUGAGCACUAAAUCGGACAUAUAUAGUGUCAGUGAAGACGCUGUAUUUGGAGGAGGAGCCUGGAUGCUCUUGGGAGGCAGAGCUCACGGCUCAGUCCACCCAGCCAAUCAGAUUGAGCAGCAUCAUCAUUGCUGAUGAGAUCGUUUUGUGUCAAUGGGCAAUGAGGCAGUCAAGACUCCGAUCAAUAAACUAGGAAGUGAUAUCAAGACUAUCAAGAAACCUUAUGGAGUGGCACUCAACCAAGCUGGAGAGAUAAUUGUGACUGAAGCCAAUACUAGUGUUGUCUCAAUAUUUAGCCCCAGAGGAGAGAAGCUGCGAACAUUAGACACUCGAGGCACAGAUUUUAAGGAGAUGAGUCCUUAUGGUGUGGCAGUGGACGGUGAUGACAACAUUCUAGUGGUAGAUACUGGUAAUUGUCGACUGUUGAAGUUCUCACGUGGCGGAGACCUGAUAGCAGCAGUAGGUAGUCGUGUUGAUGCGGGUCCUGGACAGUUAAAUUUUCCUCAUGGUGUGUGUGUCAACAGUGUCAAUGGGAAGGUGUAUGUUGUUAAUAGCGGUGCUGACUGUGUUAACAUCUUCAACUCCGACCUCACUUUCUCCAGCAAGUUUGGCAGUGAAGGCAGUGCUAAUCGAGAUUUGUACCAUCCCUAUGACGUUGCAUCCGAUCGUAGUGGUUGUGUGUAUGUAGCUGAACCUGCUAAUGCUCGAGUGAAAGUUUUCACACCCGAUGGUGUCUAUCUGCGGCAAUUUGGGAAGGAAGGCAGUGGAAAUGGAGAACUUGACGGGCCUGUCAGCAUCUGUGUGGACAGUAAUGAUUUGGUGUAUGUGGGGGAGAAUGGGAACGGUCGUGUCUCAGUGUUCACAUGUGAGGGAGUGUUUCUCAAAUCGUUUGGAUCAAAAGGAUCUGGACUAGGACAGUUAUAUGGGCCUUUUGGCAUAGCAGUAGACCAGUGUGGUGUGGUGUAUGUGUGUGAUCGUGACAACAAUAGAGUGCAAAUCUUUUCGUAGCUUUUUUAGGUCUCCAUAUAGAAGCCAUCCUAUAGAAUCAUUGUCAUCAGGUAAAGACACUAGCUAAGUCUCAUAUAAUACAUACUAUCAUCUUAUUCGGAGGGUGGACCGGUUACUAGAGGUGCUUAGAGUCCAA